UUAUCAUAUCUGGAGAUGAUGCCUAAUGUAGAGCCUUGGGUAGGAACAUGGAGGCCUCACAGACCGCGAGGGCCCAUAGCUGCCUUCUAUAGCAGCCCAGGGCCAAAGUAUGCACUGCCUUCAUUGACGGGUUCGACUCUACAUGAUCCGACCAAAUACAAAGCGCCGAGUUACAGUUUUCGGGCGAACCAUGACACAGGUAAUAUGCAAGAAAUCUCGCCGGGACCGAAGCAUCUCAUCCCGUCCAACAUCACGAAAACUGGCCGGGACGGGACGCCGGCGUUUUCAUUUGGCACUCGUCCCAAAGAUUUUGCACGUCCCCAAGUGCCUGCGCCCAAUCAUUACCACCCUGAAAGUUCAGACAAGGUCACUUACCAUUCUUCUCCUUCUUAUACAUUGUCUGGAAGGUGGAAGCAAACUCCGUUUAGCAACCAGACUACACCUGGUCCAGCAUCCAACACUCUACCUCCUGUCUUUGGACCCAAAACUGUUAAUAUCCGUGCAGCACCGGCACACUCGCUCUACGGUCGAAAUAAGUUAGGCAACUUCAUGGGUGACUACUCAAAGUCUCCAGGCCCUGCAGCUUAUCAAGCCGUGGACCCCAAAAUCUACCUAACCAAAUCGCCGCAAUACAGCAUGCCGGGACGCAAGUUCAUGCCUCAAUGCGCUACGAGGACACCGGCACCCGGAGUCUACUGUCCUGAAAAGGUCACCACCGUCCACUCCAAAGCACCGGCCUUCACUUUCGGACUCCGUCAUUCGCAAUACACGAUGAACCCCAUCAUGGACGCGGACAGAUACCAACAAUCGUUCACUUUCCUCUGA